AUGACACAGGCUGACGCCGUUCUUCCCUCAUUACGCGCUCCUCAUGGCGACGGGAACAGCUGUUCAUUUCAUGAACAAAGCACGCGUGUUCGAGCUUGCAUGUGCCAGCAAGCGCCGGUCGAGCGAUCCACGCCAACAAUCGACCGACCAGCGGGCCGAGCUACUGACCAUUGGAGUGUGCCUGAAAAUCAGUUUUCACGCAUUCUUGCCUGUGUGACCGCCGCUGUCGCCGCUAUGAUUGUUUCUUAUAAGGAAGGUGAUGUUCUUUCCUUGGCCAGGACCGACGGAACGGUGGAGACCGACGUCCGACACUUUGCAUUUGGUGCUGAUGCCCGACGGGCAGAGCUUGAGGCGCAUCGUGUAUUUGGCUGGCGCUUGUUUCUCCUCUCACCAGUCGACCGGCCGCCGGUCAAUGGAUGA